AUGCCUCAUCCGCAAGACCAUGGCUUUUGUUCUAACGGUGCUGUGAGGUUGGCUUUGGUUUUAAUAGGUGUGUGUUUGGUUGGUUACACCGUACGUCAAUCAUUACAUUGGCGCUUUAAGGAGAGUAGUUCAUGUCCUCCAUGUCUUUGUGAUUGUUCAGAGGAAUCUGCCCUGAUAUCUAUAGACUGCGGAAAACAUGAACCAGAAAUGAAAAGGGAAAUGGAGAAGGAUAUCAUUGCUUUGAUAUCCGAAGAGCUUAAUUUGCAGGAGGCUGUUGCCAAUGAAACCUUACAUCAGAGCGAAGAAUUGCUGAUGAGUGCUAGGAAAAUCUCUUUACACUACCAAAAAGAAGCAGAAAAAUGUACUGCGGGAGUGGAAACUUGUGAAGAAGCAAGGGAAGGGGCUCAAGCGCAACUCACAGAAGAGCUCAAAGCUACAGAAGUAUGGGAGAGACGAGCUUGGGAGCUUGGGUGGAAAGAGAUGACCAUAUGA